AUGGCCAUGAUCCGGUCUCUUUCUUCCUCACCACCACAACGCAAUAUCGUCAAGGACAGCAAGCCUGGCAUGCCGCCUUAUCAGCGUCGUCCCGGGAAGCCGCAGCUCAGCCGAGCUGUCAGCUUCCUAGUCCUUCUUCUCUGCUUCCUGGGGGCCCACCAGCCCUUAAGCACCCAGUCUGCAGCUCGUGUCAAUGAGCUGGCUCUCGCACUUGACGUCCCCGGCGCGAACGUAGCGUACGGGCGUUCCGCCCUUUCGAAUACAGCAGCGGUGGAGCCGACCGAGCCUGCAUCCCCGCAGGUCUCUUUGCAGUGGUUGCGCUCGGGUCUCUCGGAGGGCCCCAGUCAUCCGCCUGCUCUGAACCCCGACACGCUGAUCCUCCAGGUCGAUAUGACUCGCGGCAUGUGUUCCUCGACCACAACAGUCGCCACUUUCGCAACAGCAUCUCCGCGCCGUAGUCAGCCGUCUCAGUCUUCGGAUGAAGUCCGCUCCCCCGGAGACGAAGAUGCUGAACGUGAACUUGACAAUAGCCAUUCAGGAGCAUCUGGGAUCUCUGGCGAGAGCGAGAGAUAUUUAGAUCUCUUCGGCGGACGGUCCCGUUCGGCGGCUAACUCCGGGCUCCAAGGUCGAGAAGAGCGGCCCGAUCCAGCAAGCUCUCGUCACCGUCGUCGCCUUCGAGAUCUCUUUCAGUUGCCGUCUCGCCGGGGAUAUCGACGAUCCCUCACAGGAGCGAGCCGUUGGCGUGGACUACUAAGCUCCGGGAGACAUGGCUCUCCUAGGCACCGGCCGAUAAACCCGCUUACAGGAAGUCAAUUGGAGCGGAUCCACGGGGAACCAAACUUCAGUCAAGAAGAUAUCGAAGCCAUAAUAAACGACCGAGGCCAGGGCGUGGGAACUACUGGGCAACCAAGGGCGAAUGUUGUCAACGACCGCAGGGAGGUAGCACGUCCCGUUGAACAGCGGCGAAUCGACCACAUCAACAGGCACUUUCCGGGCCUUCGGGCUCCCGGUACAGCUCCCCCAGCGCAGCAACAGUUCAGGGAACAGCAACAACAGACACAGUGGCGCUUGUGGCGCCAAAUCUUCGACGUCUGGCAUCAGAACUUAAGGCCCCAACUAACCAUACAGGAACUUAUAACCCUCGCGCUUUUGGGGCAACAGGACCGUACCGCCGAUGACGAAGAAAUCGUAGCAUGGCUCGAGAAUAAUUUCCCUUGGUUCCAGAACCACCGCUAUGCCCCGCCUGGACUAGGUCUGUUUGGCAGGCAAAUCUUCCCAGAGACUGUGAGACAAUACCUGUCGCGCUUGGCCUACACUUAUGAUGGACCUUUCGUACCUGUUGAUCCUGGUACUCGUGGUAGGGGCGACUUGUAUGCGCGGCAGUUUCGGCGUCGUGUUGUCUAUCUCCGCCCGGGUCAAGAGAACCAGAUCUUCCGGCGAUACUACACUUAUGGUCGGGGAAGCAACAACCGGGUUCAAUCCCCUGGACGGUGGUAUUCCAGUCAACUGGCUCCGGGCCCCGGGGGUACGCCGCAGCUCCCCAAUUUGCCUACCGAGAUCAUCCUCAUCAUCCUUCGCUAUCUCCUUAAGUAUCCCGAUCCCAUUCACAUUUGUGCGCAGGAGACCAGCUCGACGGCGAGCCUGCGACUUUUCCUUCCAGCGCCAUCUUGGAUGAGGGAUGCCGACGAAUCGCACCGGGGCAACUUGUACUAUCAUAACGCGUACCACUAUGGUUACUUUCUUCCCCCGCUGUCGGAAAUCCUUGCAAUUGGCGACGCAUGCUCUGGAUGGGAUCGUCUAGCCUCAGAAGUCUUUUUCGGGGACAACACCUUCGUAGUGCUUCGCGAAAACGAGUAUUGGGAUUUCCGUCCUGUUCCAUUCAUUGCCGGACGAUUCCUUGAAGAGAUUGGCCCGCUUGGUCGUGAAUUUCUUCGCAACUUCGUAUGGUAUUGGCACGUCAACAGGCUACAUCGACAGCAACUGGCGACAGCGGUGCGGCAUCUUGGUGAGGGUCGGAACAUUAAUACCACGAUCUACAUUGACGUCUGGAGUCUGGACGACGAAGAGUUGCGAAAUCUAUAUCUCACUCCCGCGUUCCAAGAACUGAGUCGAUUCCUAGAUCCCAACCGUAUUAACGUCAUGGUUAGCGAACCCAUUGAACACCUCGGAUCUUGGCUAUUGAGGGGAAUAACUAGGCGGCGCCAUAUACGCGUUUCUGACAGGUCAAUUGUGGAUCAGCCUCUGGCUCCCGACACUCUCGCAAGGCGAGCCGAUCUCAGAGAUAUUGCCCGUCGGUAUGGAUACGAGGCCGAGACUGGAAGAUUUCCGGACCGACGCCGACCAGAGGAUUGGACAGCGCUAGCCGAAGUAGUGAGCCAGCUGAUGCAGGAGGACUAUGAUAUUCCUGACGACGAAGGUCAUCGACCGUAUUUUACGGAAAGAGGAUCUGGGUUCGAGAGUUCGGCUACUGACGACGAUGUGGAGUAUCCUUACUCGCUUUUUGGAUCUCUCUCUCAGUCUCAUGCGGCCACAGACACCACAACUGAUUCAGGCGUCUCGCGGAAUCCGGCUAGCAGUGGCCCUUUCGUCCCCAUGCCUGGGCCACCGCCACCAGCAGCUCAUAACAACUUCGCAAAUCCGCAUCUUCAAAUGUCACCUCACGCUGCUCAAGACGGCUCCAGCACUUCGUAUCUUCAGCUGCCGUUCCCAGCUGCUCCGUAUAGCUCCUCGAGUUCAUGGUAUCUCCAACGACCGGCCGCUUUAGCUGAGGAUAGUGUCGUUAGCCCCUACCUCCGUCCGGUGCCCGCAGAAGAGGCCAACGAUCCCCUUCUGGAGUACGAAGAUGACUCAGAGGCGCCCGAGGCGGUUCAAAUGCAUAACAACCUUGUCUCGCUGCAGCGUCGGGCUUUCAGCGAGCAGCGAGCCAGGGAAGAUCGGGAGCGACAGGAUGCUGCUAACCGCGCGACAUCAGAUGCCGCUAGAUCCAGGGAGAACGCGCAGACAGGCGAGAGUAGGAUUGUUUGGACUCCGCCGGCUAACCGCCGGGCAGCCCCAGCACUCGCCGAGUGCAUGGAGCCGCCAUUGGAAGAUGAUGAUUCGGCUGGGGCCGAACCCGGGGCUGGUUUCCAGUGGUAGGCACUUGUGCCGGGCCUGGAUAGCCUUUCGUCUGCAAAUGAUGUCAAGUUCUAUCCAGCUGGGGCUUCGGAAAAGGGUAAGGGCUGUGUCUCCGUCUUUUCUGCACUCUUGGAUGAGUGAGCAUUUGGCUUCGAGUCCGGUCUGCAGCACGAAGAUUGAUCUUCCGGUAGAUAGCUUUUGUCCCAGAAUAAAGGCCUCAAACUUGUCUAUCUCUUUUCUAUUGCCGUGACUUUAAGUGACAUGAGUUGCUGCGUCGUUGCGUAGGAGUGCCGUAGAGCCCAGAACCGUCCGUCCAGACAUUGCAGCUCACGUAGAAAGGUCAUCGACGUUUUGUUUUGGAAUAGGUCGCG